AUGGGCAACAUGUUGGCCAAGCAGCAAGAAUCGCCACUUUCCUUGAAGCUGUUGAUAGAUGAGAAGAUGAAUCGAGUAGUUGCUGCAGAAGCAGAAAAGGACUUCGUGGAUAUACUUUUCAGCUUCCUUACCUUCCCCAUGGGAACGAUAAUCCGGGUCACCAGCCGUGAACCGCUGAAAAUCCCUGUCACUAUUGGUUGUAUGACCAAUUUGUACCGUAGCAUCCAAAAUAGCCCAGUAAAUUGGAACACAGAACUCUGCAAAACCAUGGUGCUCAACCCAAGAAAUUCAUGUGCGAUCUAUUGCAGCAAGUUGAAAAUGAACAUUGAUGACUCAGAGUCGGAGAAGAAGUACGUUUGUUCUGGGCAGGGUUGCCCGUAUUAUAGCAAGUACCAAAAUGUUAGCUGCGAGUGUUCUAACGGGGAGACUACCAAAGAAAUGAAGUCUGGUGUGAUAAGAGCUUUGCAAGGAAAUUUGGGGUUAGGAUGCAUUGAUAACUUAUACACAAGUGUGAAAGACUUGGACGAAAAAUGGUUUGGUUCGGGUGCUAAGGACAUCAUUCUUGACCCUCGGAUUGCGCAGCAUCAUAAUUGCAGGAAGCAACCCCUCAAAUUUCCGGUUCGUAUGGAGAGUCACUAUUUGAUUGACCCAAGGAACAACAAUAAUUUUACAGUGGAACCUUCUUUAUUCAUAGUAUCAGACGAUUUGGAAGUGAAUCCUUUAUCUUUUGCAUCUAGUUUUCAACUACUGAGUGAAGUGAAAGUGUCUUUCAGUGAUAUUGAAGAACAAGUCAUCACAGUUGGAACGAAAGAGGCAUUGAGCUUAUUGAAGGCAGCUCUUAUUAAUUACAUCGCCAUCAUCAGCUCUGACCAAUGGCUUAAGCACCUUCUUGAAGAAGCGGAAAGCGUAGUAUACAUAGCAGCUACUAUGAAAAUCUGGGGUUUGAUAAAUUUAUAGCCUUUGCCCAGUUCUUUGUAUUUUGUAUUUCCUUCCAUCUCAACUCUCUAGCGUACGUGUAAUUCCGUGUGUCCGUUUGCUUUGCA